GGAAAGGAAAACAAAUCACCCCCAGGCUCACUGCUGAUUCUACCCCAUCCUGCUGGCUGGCCGGGACUGGACACUGUCACGGGCAGCUGGAGGGACCCAGCCAGAUCUCUUGGAACCAUGAACUUGCUCCUGGUGGGUCACGUUGUGUUGACACUGACCAUUAAGCUGCUGGUGUCAUCCCUGCUGUUCUCUCACUUUCUCUGGAACUCCCAGCCCCCAGCAGAUGCCGCGACCCCCACCUUGGCCACCUCUACCCCCUGGACCACACCCCCUACCCCACGAGCCAGGCCCUCAUCCUGCGGUGUAGGAAGCUGGGAGGCCUUUGAGGGAAGCUGUUACCUCAUCCCAGAGACCUCACAGCGCUGUGUUGGCAAACAACCUGGAUGUGAAGAACACUUCAAAUGUGACCCGAGGAAAUGUUGGACCUGGAACUGCAGCCGAUGGGAAUGUUCCCACCACCAUGGGGCCCACCUUGUGACCAUCGACAGCAGAUGGGAGCUUGAGUUUCUCCAGAAAAGAACCCAAUUGGGACCUUAUUAUUUCAUCGGUCUCAGCAGAACUCAUGAGCGAUGGUCGUGGAUCAGUGACAAGCCACUGGAUCAGAGCAUAGUGCCGCUGCUCGAUAGCGAUAGCCUCCAGACUAGCAACAAUCACUGUGCCACAAUUGGCUACGGCAACGUGUCGACUGCUCCGUGUUGUGGCUUACAUUCCUGGAUCUGUGAGAAGGGAGCCAGUGGCCCGAGACGCCUGAAGACACAGACUGGACCAUAGAGAGCUUGAGCCUGAGGAGCGGGGAAGGAACCAGACACCAAGAUUGUGAGAUUCAAAUGGACAGCAACUGGCUCCAACCGGAUUAACUUGUAUCUCACCCGGCACUUAGAACAGUUCUUCACACAAAGCAAGUGUUUAACAAGUAAUAAUAAUAAUAAUCCUUAGCCUCUGUGCAUAUACUGACUCAGGUGACUCUUUUCUCUUAUU